CUUUUGCAUCCAGGUAACGAUAGUCUUAGCAACAUUAUUUUCAUCAAAUGUAAAUACACCAUUACCUAAAUGUUUUAUGGAUUAUUACAGCGAAGCUUUUGUAAAACAUGCAUUCCAUCACAUCAACGUGUAAACCUUAUUACUUUUCCUUCAAGGAAUCCAGUGCAUCUCAUUACUCCGAAGUUUCUGAAGAGAGUAGUGAUUCUGGAGGGGGCAGAGGGAGAGCAGGCAGAGGAGCAGGCAGAAGAGCAGGAAGAGGAGCAGGAAGAGGAACAAGGAGAGGAGCAGCCAGAGGGAGAAACAUAUAUGAAAGUACAGGCCGGGGGAGAAGCCAGGCUAGAGGAAGAAGAGCUAGAGCUGGACGCAUUAGUGAGGAAGACAGAGAACGGGUUGCUCAGAUGUCUGCUGACAGAACUGCAGAGUUACAGGCACAGUUGCAACACCUAAGUAUGGAUGAAAAAGAUGAAGUCCUUCAGAUGGUUGUUAGACGUCUGCCAGGAGUGUUACUGGACAUUAUGGACUAUAGACAGGCCACACCAGGACACCCUCCAUCAAACCAGGGUUAGCCAGCUUGGUGCACCUGCUCCUACUGCCGAAUGAUGCCUACAGACCUGGAAAACAAGUGCUGUAGACAGGAUCCAGAAUGGUGUUUGAGCAGGCGUGCUCAUUUUAACCUGUACUGCAUGGAUGAAGGCAUCCUGCGUUUGGCUCGGCAGACGUGGAAUGACAUUUUGGCUCUGCGUGAUAGCCAAGACCCUGGAUCAGAUAAUCGGGAGUACCGUUACUGUGCCUAUAGACAGUACACUAUUUGGCAAUAUGGACGUCUUGGCGCUGGCAAUCGUAGGGUGAUUCCUUCCUGCUGUGUUUGGUGGAUUAGAGACAAAUACCCUGACCACUUUGGGAUUUAUGUUGGUUAUAAAGAAGCCCCCUUCCGCUGAAACAAACAUGCAACUCAUGACCAACUCAGAAGUUUGACUUACUUUUAUUGUUGUUGCAAACUUUUUGUACAUAUUUACAUAAACAAAUCUGUAGUGUUCAACUUUGAUUGCCAUCAGC